CGUCGUCGUCGCUUCCGCCACCGCCGGGGCGGGACGGGCGGCGACCGGAUCGGCCGGGGAGGGGGGGAAAAAGAAACCCAUCCGCCCCCGCGGAGGCCGUCGCCAGUUGCGCGACCCUCCCUUUCUUUUCUCCCUCCCCCCCCCCCACAUGGCCCGUGGCCGCGAUUCCUCCCCCGCACCCGCCCUCCCGCGGACGCCUCCGCCCCAUUUUUAUACUAUUUCCCGGCACAUGGCCGCGCCCCCCCUCCCCCUCCCCGUCCUCGCCUCGCUCGCUGCCAUUAGAUCCUCCGCGAACUCCACCGCCCACACCUCCCCACCCCCCUCUGCUCCGCGUCGCCUUCCUGCAUUGACCCCCCACUGCCAAGUUCCAACUCAAUCUCGCGCGUCCUCUCUGCUCCUGUCCCUGUCCCUGUCCCGGCGGCCGUGCGCGUUCGGGAAGGAGGAGGAGGAGGAGGAGGGAGCCCAAGGCGUCGUCUUCGGAGCUCGCGCCCGUUGUCUCAGGUUGGUGGACACAAGAGUUAGUUACGCUACGACUUGCUGUUCUCAGAGCACUGGGAACGUUGAAAUUUGAAGUAGAAAUUAGUGUGUGUAAGCAACAGCCGGCAACAGCACAUGAUGGGUGCACAAUGACUAAAGUUUGAGUGAGAUUUCACCAGAUAGCAGAAGUGCUUGAUAUAAAAGAAAGAUGGGCGACGAGUACCAGUGCGAGUCUGAUGAUGAGGUAGCACCACCAAUGUGGCCUAAUGUAGGGGAUGUAGACCAGAAGCUGUUCAAAAUGGAGAAACUUGGAAAGGACCACGAUGCACUCAAUGAUGUUGAGUUUCAUGAGCAGCCUGCUCGUGCGGAUCUCCACCGGCUAAAGGAAAUUGCAAGCUCUGAGAAAGGCGCUUCUCAAAUGCAAUACUUUGUAAAGCAUUGGGAAUAUAAGCGGGCUAGUAAUGCUCUGCUUUUGAGCGAAGAGCUUGGCCGUCUCUCCCAACAGAGAAAAGAGAUUGAAGAAAAGAAGCAACAAAUCUUGGAGGAGCAGCGAUUUCAGGAUGAAAAUUAUUAUGCUGCGAAGAGGCAAGUACCAAUACUGGAUGAAGUUUACAAGAAUGAAUGGAAGCGUCCGAGCAAAAAGACUGAUGACCAUUCUCGUAAUCAAGAGCUUAAAAUAGAUGCAGAAUACAACACUAUUUCCUAUUGGAAAGAGCGAGCGAUGCGGUUAGAAGAAGCGCUUGAGGCAAGCCUGGAAAGGGAGCGUGCAUUGGAGGAAAAGUUGGAGGAAGAUAUAAAGAAUCUUCAGUCACAUACACCGGUGGAGGAAUUCUCUGGAAUGUUAAAACGGGCUGAUUACUUCUUGCAUUUGGUUCUCCAAAGUGCUCCUAUUGUAAUUGCUCACCAGGAUGCUGACUUGCGGUACCGUUUCAUAUUUAAUCACUUCCCAACACUUGCUGAUGAGGAUGUUAUUGGUAAAACCGACCAUGAGAUAUUGUCAGGUGAGGGUAUAGAUGAGAUGAAUAACGUCAAGAGGGAGGUUAUGGCCAAGGGUAUACCAACUAAGAGAGAGUUUGUAUUUAACACUCCAUUGUUUGGAGCAAAGACUUUUGUGACAUACAUUGAACCAGUAUUCAGCAAAUCUGGGGAAACAAUUGGUGUGAAUUAUGUUGCAAUGGACAUAACAGACCAGGUCAAAACAAGGGAGAAAAUGGCGGAUAUAAGGGUGAGAGAAGCUAUCCAAAAAGCCAAGGAAACAGAACUUAGCAGAUCUCUGCACAUUACUGAGGAAACUAUGAGAGCAAAACAAAUGCUAGCCACCAUGUCCCAUGAGAUCAGAUCUCCCCUUUCAGGGGUUCUUAGCAUGGCUGAAAUUCUUGCAGCUACUAAACUGGAUAAAGAGCAAUAUCAGUUGCUAGAAGUUAUGUUAUCUUCUGGAGAUCUUGUAUUGCAAUUGAUCAAUGACAUCCUCGAUCUUUCCAAAGUGGAGUCAGGAGCUAUGAAACUAGAGGCUACGACAUUUAGACCAAGGGAAGUAGUUAAACACGUACUCCAAACUGCCGCUGCAUCUCUGAAGAAGGAAUUGACCCUUGAAGGGUUUAUAGGAGAUGAUGUUCCAUUGGAGGUCAUUGGUGAUGUGCUAAGGAUUAGGCAAAUUCUGACCAAUUUAAUCAGCAAUGCAGUGAAGUUUACACAUGAUGGGACGGUUGGGAUAAAACUUCGUCUUGUAGAUAAGCAGCAAGCAGUAUGUGAAAUAGAAAAUGGGCAACUUCAUGUGAGAGCCCAUCCUGCAAGCUCAGUUACUACUGCAGCAGAAAAUUCUGCUGCCUCUCCAAGAAACUGUGAUAAAGAUGCUUCGCGUUGCUCCAGUCGUGAAGAUGUUUGUCAGAAUGGUGUUGUAUCAAAUGAAAAUUUUAGGGAGUACCAUGAGGGAGAAGUUGUUUGGCUUCAGUGCGAUGUACAUGAUACUGGGAUCGGAAUACCAGAGAAGGCACUGCCGUGUUUGUUCAAGAGGUAUAUGCAAGCCAGUACGGACCAUGCAAGAAAAUAUGGUGGAACAGGGUUGGGCCUUGCGAUCUGCAAGCAGUUGGUGGAGUUGAUGGGUGGUACUCUAACUGUGGUUAGCUAUGAGGAUGAAGGAUCAACAUUCACAUUCAUGAUACCUUGCAAAAUUCCUGCAAAAGAGGAGAACAGUGAUGAUCCUGAUGAUGAGGCCAGUACUCGUAAUAAUCUCACUAUCAAUGAUAUAGAAGGAUCUUUCGUUUUCAAGCCGAAAGUGCGCCCUUCUCUCCUGUCUUCUGGAGUUCCAAUAAUGAACAACACCAAGUUCUUUGGCAGCAAUCUUAUGGGCUAUGAUUCUACUAAUGUAAUAGAGGAUCAUAAACCAUUCUCCAAUGGUUUCAUAUCGACGAAAGAUAAUUCUGGAAAGUGUGCCCCUGCUGCUAGUCAAUCAAAUGGUCCAAAUGUUAGCAGCAUAGAUGAAGAAAAAAAUGAUUGUUCAAUGGUCUUUGAACUGAAUAGUCAAGCUGAACGGGUUUCCAGUUCCCGAGCCGAGACAACAUCAGUUUCAGGGGCUGGCAUUCAGGAGGGAAGGAAAGCAUGCAAAGCUCUUGAAGAAAAAUCACUUAACAAGAAAUCCAAGUGUUCUCCAAGUAGCAGCAAGGCAAAGAUCCUCCUCGUCGAAGAUAACAAAGUCAAUAUAAUGGUGGCAAAAUCAAUGCUGGUGCCGCUGGGUCAUGGAAUAGACAUAGUAAAUAACGGACUGGAAGCAAUCCGUGCAGUACAGCGCCACCAAUAUGAUAUUAUCCUGAUGGAUGUUCACAUGCCAGUAAUGGAUGGCCUACAAGCCACUAAAUUGAUCCGUCACUUUGAAAAUACUGGCUGUUGGGACGCUUCUGUAAAGCCUGAAGACAAUGAGAUGAUAGCCAACUCAGCUAUUUCAUCUGAUUGUGUGCAAGACAAGAAAGGGAAGAGAGUACCUAUAAUUGCGAUGACAGCAAAUUCAUUCGCGGAGAGUGCUGAUGAGUGCCUUGCUGCAGGCAUGGAUUCCUACAUAUCUAAGCCAAUGAACUUCCAAAAAACAAAAGAGAAGGUGAUCCUGGAGCUGCUGCAUAAAGAUUUGGCCCCUUAUUCCUGCUCCCCGCGAGUGCUGGUGUCACUAGCAGCAGUUAAAGGCGUUUUGAGAAAGGGGUUUUUCCUGGGAAGUGCUGGUGCAGACUGCAGAGCAGUUGAGCACAAGGGCUGCCGUGAGUUGGAGGGGCCGAUGCACCGUACUACCACCGAACAGGCCUGUGGGCGACGGCGCGGUCGCUGUCACGCGUUGUGCUUGAUGCGGUUCGUCAUCUCGAUGGUGACCGGUCGUGGGAAAGAGCUGGUACAGAUGAGCACAGCCAUUCCUACCGGCCGGCGACGGGCGAGGUUCAGUUGCAUUAUGGCGCCACCAUCUUCUUCAGGCUGCUGGCUGGCUGGGUGGUAUCCUCCGAGGCAUCGGAUGCUCGGUCACUCAUUCAUCAUGAUCAGGGAGAACUCGCCGGGAAGUCACCGGAACCAGGUCCCCACCCCCUUUCACUUUGCAUCUGCUACAGUCUGGGAACACCUGAGCAGUUACUGCGGGGAGGUUCUCAUUCCUGCAUCCCGGCAAACCCAGCGGCACAGAAUCUGUUGGCCCCUAGUAGAGCGAUAAAGUUCAGCCGCCGGG